CCCAGCCCAAGUACACCAUAACGAAGUAACAAUGGGGCAAUCGGAUAGGGAGUCUUUGAUAGAAAUGGGCUUUCCCGAGGAUAGGGUUAAGCUUGCUCUCAUCAGGACGAAGCACUCUGGGUUGCAGCCUGCGCUGGAGUGGUUGACGAACCCUGAUAACGAGAAUGAAGUACUCGGGGAAGAGGCUGAGGGUCAAUCGUUGGAUUCGCUGACUGGAGAUAACGACGACAAUGGCGAAGGCCAAACCGCGAAUAGCUUGAAAUGCAAUGAUUGUGGAAAGACCUUCAGGGGAAUGCCGCAAGCACAGUUCCACGCCGAGAAGACCGGCCACGAUGACUUUUCCGAGUCAACCGAGACAAUCGCACCCUUAACCGAAGGAGAAAAGGCUGCCAAACUCGACGAACUUCGCGCUAAGCUCGCCCAGAAACGUGCACUCGAAGCCGAGAAGGACAAGGAAGAGUUCAAAAAGAACGAGGCCAUCCGUCGGAAGAAAGACCAAGACUCUGCAUCAUUGAUUGAAGAUUUACAGAGGAAGGAGCAGUUAAAGGAUAUAGAGAAGAAGAAACAGGAGAAAGCCGCGGACGCGGCGGCGAAGGCGCGGGUCAAGGCGGAAAUUGAAGCGGAUAGGAAGGCGAGAGCCGACAGGGCAGCAGCAGCCAAAGCGCUUCGCGAAGGGACUACCCCACCAUCUGCCUCUCCUGCACCGGCAGCGGCUCCGGCCGCACCAAAAGCCUCAACAGCCAACUCCGCCCGUCUCCAAAUCCGUACCGAAGGCUCUCGCAAGAUCCCACCCAUUACCGAUACCUUCCCGGCGGACACUACACUCUUCGAAGUGGCGUCCAAGAUCCAGGAGAAGACGGGGGUGGAGCCAAAUUCUGCGGUGUUCAUGACUACGUUUCCCAGGAAGACCUAUACUGGGGCUGAUUUGGGGGCUACGUUGAAGGAGCUUGGGCUCGUUCCGAGUGCGGCGUUGAUCUUGAAGACAUGAGUUAGCUCUUUUGCAUUUGGAGUUUUGGGAGAGUGUACGAAUAUCGAUUGUAAGGCCCGAAUUGUCCCCGAAGUGAACACGUUGACUUUACGACG